ACUAAUUAGUAAGUAAGUUAUCAAAAAACUAGAUAUGGGAAUGCAAAUGCAAGCCCUUCUCAUCGUAGCAACGGUACUAUGCCUUACCUCGAUCAUACAUGCCACACCGGGGAUUGCUGUCUUCUACGAACCUCCUUAUACUCCCUCAAAAUGCUAUGGAAAUCAAGACAAAGGCCCGUGGGUGGCUGGAGUAAAUGAUGCUUUGUGGAACAAUGGAGCAGCUUGUGGUAGAAGGUACAGAGUCAGAUGCACUGGAGGUGCCAAUCUUGCUCCACACCCUUGCAAGCCAGGCACCAGUGUUGUUGUUACAGUGGUUGAUUAUUGCAAAAGGCCAUGUAAUGGAAUCAUCAAUCUUUCUAAGCAAGCUUUCUCCCAGAUUGCUGACACUGAUGCCGGAAAAGUUAAAGUGGAAUAUGUCAAUGCUUGAAUACUCUAAUCAAAGGGAACAGUGAGCAAAACUUGGAGACAGGGAAUGCACAAUGGAUACCUUUCUUUUUCUUGUCUUAUGCUUCAUAUAUACUAAAUAAAUAGAAUGAAGGAAUAACCAAGGUUCUUCAAUCAUGCAUUGAUGCUUUGGCUCCCUAAAGGUCUGAAAGGGAAACUAUGUGAAAUAUAUCAUUUAAUGGUGUGAAAUAUAUCAUGUUCUCAUCAA